AUGUUUACUGGAAGACACCAUGCAUUUGAGGUGUCUAUCCAGACAGACUCUAUUCCAAUCAUCGGCGAAGAUUUUACCCUGGUCUGUUCUUUCACACCUGAAACAAUAUAUAAGCAUUUGGUGUGGAAAAAGGGUGAAAACAUCCAAGUGGCAUCGCAUUCUUGUUGGAGGUCCCUUUACUACUGUCCAGUGAAUUCUAUUCCAUUCCCAUUAAAAUUCAGCCUUAAAACCGACAAUUCCAGCGGAAAUUUAACUAUAAGAAACCUGAACGAGGACGAUAUCAGCGAUUAUCGCUGUUCAUUAAGCAGUGGAGAGAUUUCAGGAUCCGCUAUCAAGCAAGUAAAGCCUCUUACACCAGAUCCACCGAAUAGAAUAUUGAUCACCGCUGGAAGAAAGACUCUUUAUUGCUUUAACAACGUAUCUGUAACGGCCGGAAAACAACAUAACAUCACAUGCGAAUCAAUGUGGUCUAGGCCUCCAGCAAUAUUGAAAUGGCGUAUACCAGAAUGUGUGCCUGCCGUCGUCCAAGAUCAGUCUGAUGUCAUUCAUGGCAACUUUUACAUCUCCAGGAAAACGGUAACAAUCACACCCUCAAAAGACAAUGACGGAAAGAUUCUCAGCUGCACAGCAUCACAUCCAGAACUAGAAAAGGAGCUCAAUUGCUCAAUGGACCUAAAAGUUCAAGUUUGGCCAAUGAAUAUGUUGCUCUUUACAACUGGAGGUAACCAGUCUCAGUUAACAGACAUAUACGUCCAAGAAGAUUCACCGACAUCAAUCACGUGUAAAGCUAUCGGAUCCUUCCCAGCAGUUGAUCUACCAGUGUCUUUUCCUUAUGGCUCUGACAUUAUUCCCAUUACGAAUUCUUCAAAGAAUUCCAGUCUUUUCGAUGAGAAGUUGUUCGACACUGACACUACCAUCAAAAUAUACCCGAAGAAAACGGACCACGGAAAGUAUAUUCGAUGUUAUGCAUUCAUGGACAGUGAAGUUGUUGGCCUAGAAUCUGCAAAAUUAAUGGUUUACGGGUUACAAUCAAUUAAAUGCCUUUACUUCAGUAUUACAUCGGAAGCAUGA